ACAGCUCAGACCCCUUUCCAUAUAAUCAUACCCUACUGCUAAUAAAUACCUAGUAUUUAGCAAUUGUUAAGAUUUGGCACGAAUGACAACUGAUUCUAUAAAAUUAGCAUUGCCACCCAAAGAAGUUCAGUAAUUCCUAAGCCGAAUCCAGACCAGCCAUGUCUUCCGAUCCCAGUUCAGAACCUGCGUUAGAGCCUGCGACAGAGCCUACGGUAGGACCUGCAGAAGAACCUGCGGUAGAACCUGAGGUAGAAGAACCUGAGGCAGAAGAACCUGAGGUAGAAGAAUCUGAGUUAGAAGAACCUGCGGCAGAGGAACCUAUAAUAGAACCUAUGGCAGACCCUACAGCAGAGUCAUUGACCACUCGGCUUGAGCGGAUCGAGGCCGCAGGAUUGUACGGGUUUACCGAUUUCGCAACCGCCGGCUUUCACGAAACUGCGCCGUACUUUAUCUCUCUUUAUACAAGUCUCAUAGGAUUACUCGGUGAAAUUUCUAAAGAAAUGUUUAAGGAUGGUGCUGAUACCGAGCGCGAGCUUUUCGAUAGAGCGGUUAAAUUUCUUGACGUCUGUUACGACUUCGUACGGGAUAGUUCCGAAGAUCUGCUCAAGUUCAGGAACUUCCACUAUAAGCUAUGGGCUCGCCUCGAAAACUUCUCUUCACAGCCUUUCACCUCUUUCAAUCAAAAUAUUUCGAGACAUAUCACGAGAAUGACAUUUUUGGCUGGUGACAUCGCACCCCCAGCAGCACGAUCGUGGGUCGGUGACACCCUACCCCAGCAUAAAAGAUUUAACAGGGCAUAUAACGAAUUCAUGGAUCUUGAAAAAAAGCACCUUCGGAAUGAUGCAGAUCGCCGUGAACUUAUUUUCUUUUCGCAGGAAAUCCUUGAUCAGGCACUGCUCGGUCUUCGGAUGCCUAUGGUUGCUAUAGAGAUACACCAAGAAUUGUUUCGCGAGGGCGCGCGCCCUACGUAUAUUGAUUUCCCACCCGACGCGGACGAAUGGCUGUACGGAUCAGGGAAACGGCCAGGAGUACUGGAUCUGAAGCUGAAGCUUGGUGGCCAGCUUACCCCUGAGGAAGAAGAGAGGAAGAAGCAGGCCCAACAGGAGCCCAAGAAAAGACAACUGGCGCCGUCGGAAUCAAGUCAGCCAGGUUCAAAAAAGACACGUCUCCUUGAGAACUACAAUAUAACUAUGGAUAACGUCGACGCUGAUAUUGAAGACGUCUAUAGCGACGCAGCUUUUAUGGAUGUAUUUGAGAGGCCUGACCACGAGAGACUUCUCAACCCCACUGUUGAGAAUCGGGAGGACACUUUAAACAGUUACGCACCCGAGUUUUCCAAGAGAUUGAGGCUAUGCCGGAGAAAUUAUUACAGACCGGAGGCUCCCCCGAGCUCGCAAGAGCGACGAGAGCAAAUUCUCCGGCAGAUGGAGAAUGACAUACCCCGGGUUCGAGCCGAAAUACACGAGAAGAGCGAAAUCAUCACCAGCCCUACAAAGUUAAAGGAAGCAAGGGUAGCUGCUUAUACCCUCAAAUUCGUCCGGGCGCUUUACAUGAAAUUAGUACUAUCAGCAACACCAGAACCGUCGUCUGAUAGGAUGAAUCAGGCACUAAGGGAUCGUCUUGACGACUGGAUAUUACACGAGCAGGCUUGGAAUGCGGCCGAUGAAAGGGCCAUCAAUAAUCCUCGCACGUCGACCUCUAGGAGGAGCUGGCUGAUGAGGUACGUCGACGCGAGAAACGAGAACAUCGACAAGUGGUGGAUUCUCCGGGACCAGCUAGAAGCGCAAAUAAACAGCAAGGCCAGACGCGACGCCGAAAGCGACAGUAGCGAAGCACAGGAGCAGGACGGGCCAGAUGCGCUUGAGGACGCUGGAAACACCGAAGCGGCCAACCAAGCCAAUGAGGCCGGGAAAGCUACUAGACCUACCCCGGUUUACUGGGUCGAGCCCCGGAAAGCGGGUAAGACAGUUUUCUUCGACGAGAGAGCCGAGCGGCGGCGUGAAGACCGCGCCAGAGCGCGCGCGAAGGAGAGGAUUAUGGGACCGCCCCAGCCAGGGCAGUCGUACAGCAACGAAGAACAGUAUCGUCUAGAGGACGAACUCAGCGCCAAACUGGCCAUCAGCUUCCCGUCUCAGGGGGGUCCACCCAGGUUCGAGGAAAUACCUAAGGAUACUAUUUACGACAAGAUUAUAUACAUGCUCGUCAUGACGCAUUGGCGGUUCUACCAGGGGCUGUCUGUUAUAUGAUGUUCGCGCCGGGGUAGUUUAGCGAAGAAUUAAUUAUGUCUUUUUAUCUUAGGUACAUUAGGUAUUAAUUAUGUUCACCUGUGUUCCUUAUUGUUACCUACAUUUAGAAUGAUACAGAGAGUCAC